AUGGCAACCGAGCAACCACAAACCCCCCUCCCAGCCCACCUGGACCCAACAACCUACCCCCGCACCCACCACAGCCCAUCCAAUAACAUCCACCUAACACUAACCUACGACCCUCUGGACGCAAACAGCUAUCUCGAACAAACAUCCUCCCCCAAGGCCGGCGCAAACGUUCUCUUCCUCGGUACAACGCGCGACACGUUCGAGGGUCGCCCGGUCUCUCAGCUCAGCUACACAUGCUAUCCGCCUCUCGCAUUAAAAACCCUUACAUCUAUCGCCGAGGCUGCUAUCGAGACACAUCAGCUGAUAGGCGUGAGCAUUGGGCAUAGGAUGGGUGUUGUGCCGAUUGGCGAGGCGUCGAUUGCUAUCGCUGUUAGUGCGGGACAUCGGGGUGCGGCGUGGAGGGCUGGGGAGGAGGUGCUGGAGGCUUGUAAGGAGAAGGUGGAGAUUUGGAAGAGGGAGGAGUUUGUUGAUGGGGGGAUGGAGUGGAGGGCUAAUGCUGAUCGCGAUGCGGAGGGGAAAUUGGUUUCUGCGGAGAAUUGUUGA